AUGUUAUUUCAACUUGAAACACUAUACCUAGAUGUACCUAACUUUUAUUAUGAAGAAUCAUCAGAUGAUGAUAGUGAUAAUUCAGAAUAUGAUAGUUCAGAAACAACUAAUGAUCUUUUACAAAACACUCAUAUCAUCAAGUUAAUGCACCAUAUAAUCUAUAAUUCCUUAUUUGAUUAUUGGAAUAAACUAUUAAUAGUUGCUACUUCAAAUUGUAAACAAACAACAACAUCUAUAUAUACUACUUCAAAUGAUAGCAAUAUUCGCUACAAUCAUUUUCACUUCUCUAUUUUUGGUAUAUCUACUUCAAUCUAUACUGCUUUCAAUCCUUUGGCUAAAUUAAAAUGCUAUUUGGACCCCACACAAACUCCUAUUUCUAAUGAUAAUGUGAAUCCAUUUGAAUGA